AUUCUCGUCAUUCUCACAAUUAAGGUAGUUUCUUAAAGUCGAUCAAGAACGUCAUUCUCCCUGUUCCAAUGCUGGGCAAAAAGGGCAAAGAGAAAAAUCAUUGAGCAGCUUGGACAAGCUUAAAAAGCGGCAAACAGAGGGGCAUUUUGGUAAACUCGUUACAGGACCGACUGAGAGACAAAAACCUCCACGGUAGAACAGAAAGCACAAAAAUCCAAACCAAAACUUGUACACUCUAGAGAGGGGGAGAGAGACGGAGACAGAGAGAGGAACCCUAAUUUUCUCUCUCUACAUCUGCUGCUUCUUCAGAAUUAGGGUUUUUAUUCACGACGCCUAUAAGAUGCAUAAAUUAGGUAGAGGCCACCGUGACAAACUCCAACAGUUUAUGACAAUCACUGGUGCAAGUGAAAAAGUUGCCCACCAGACUUUAAAGGCCAGUGAUUGGAAUCUUGAAGGAGCAUUCGAUGUAUUCUACAGCCAGCCCCAGGUUAAAAACUUUACCGACUCUAGACAUUUGGAGGAGCUCUUCAAUAGAUAUAAAGAUCCAUACAGUGAUAUGAUACUGGUUGAUGGUAUUACUCUCCUUUGCAAUGAUCUUCAGGUGGAUCCGCAAGAUAUUGUUACGUUGGUGGUUUCAUGGCACAUGAAGGCUGCCACCAUGUGUGAGUUUUCCAAGCAGGAGUUUCUUGGUGGACUUCAAGCACUAGGGAUAGAUUCUUUGGAGAAGUUCCGUGAAAGAAUACCUUUUCUGCGAUCUGAGCUGAAAGAUGAACAAAAGUUCUUUGAGAUCUAUAAUUUUGCAUUUGGCUGGGCAAAAGAAAAGGGUCAGAAAUCUUUAGCAUUGGAUACGGCUAUUGGAAUGUGGCAAUUACUGUUUGCUGAAAAGCAGUGGCCGUUGGUUGAUCACUGGUGCCAAUUCUUACAGGCUCGGCAUAAUAAAGCAAUUUCUAGGGACACAUGGUCUCAACUUUUGGAGUUUGCAAGGACAGUGGGCCCAACAUUGUCAGACUAUGAUGCUGAAGGUGCGUGGCCCUACCUUAUUGAUGAAUUUGUUGAGUACUUGAAUGAGAAUGGCAUCAUCGAAAAUGGUCAAUUGAAUGAUUUGAGCCACAGACGAUGAUGGGUUUCCUGGAGUGGUGCUUUAUCAUAUCAUUAUUUAGCGUUAUGAAAUGUGGUGUUAUGUGACUGGAAUUUGGUUUAUUGAAAGAGGAAGCCCCCCAAGAAAUGAGAAGUCACAAGUCUGAAUUCAACCUUCGUUUUCUAGUGACAUCCAUAUGCUACUUAUAUAGUCAGUGCUACUGUUGAUGGCGUAAAUGCAUUCUCUCACUGUUUCGAAUUUUCUAUUGUCUGGAGAAGUUGUUUCUUCAUGUUAUUUAUCUGUAUGCUGGAAUUGAAAUAUCUCUUCAUGUUUAUUGAUCCAAUAUUAUGGAUUCACAGUGCUGCUAAAAGUAUUUUAAUCGAAUGGUCGACAGAGUUCAGAAUA